AUGGCGACUUCCCUGGAGCAUGCGAAACUCUGCUGCCUUGUCGUCGAAGAUGUCUACGGCCCCUUCCUAUCACAUAUUUUUCAAGUGCUCGCCGAAUGUGGUCGAUUGGCUGGUCCACAACUAGCUCAGAAAUGCAGACUUCCUUUACGCCAACUCCAGUCCGGUUUAGCAAGUCUGAUACAACUACGACUGGUUUACCAUCAUACUCCAUCUCAAGGGAUCACAAGCUAUCAAGCCAACACGACCAAUGCAUACAAUCUAAUCAGAACUGGGCAGCUCAUUCAGCUAGCGGAACAGAGUGAAGGUCACGAUGCCGCUAGAAUACUACAACAACUUGCCUUGCUAGGAUAUUCCACCGCGCGAGAAUUAGAGGCUCGGAUUCUUGAACUGCCACCACAUGAAGAGCAAAGUGAUGGGAGCACGAAUCCGAAACCAAACGGACAUUCUGAUCGCAUGUCUCUCGACAAUCCAACUACUCUCCAGAAGGACUUUAAAAGCAAUCUGCGUCGGUUAAUCGACAACAAGUAUAUCUGCAGAGUCCGCGACUCCCACUUUUCGUCGACGUACGAUGCCAGGACCGAGGUCGAGCGUGAGUUAUUCGGUGGUGGCGGCAAUUCUUCUACAAAAAGCAAAAAGGCACAAGCAGAAGCGGAUGAGAUGGUCUCUAUUCGACUCGCUCAACGUCUGGAUGCUAGCGUGUCAUCAUACGAUGUCCUCAAUGAGCUUUCAUCGACCAAUCUUGACCGUCGGACCUUGCUUUGCCUCGAUUACUCCAACUCGAUAAUCAUGCACCGCAAUAAAGCGCUCGCAUCUUUGGCUGAGACGAUGCUCGGCGCUCAAACUGCACGGGUUCUGCAUGCCUCUGCUAAGCAAGUUGACCUUGGCUCACGCGCAGCUGAUUCAGCCCUUGACAAUAAUGUUAGCACAAGCUUGCGUACAGUUCUGGACGUUGCCGAGAUCGAAGAUGAAGUAGAACAUGGCGAAGAGGCGAUGAUGCGACCGUUGAGGAUUUCACAAAAUGGCAGGAGCAAUGCCCGAGCUCCUAACGGGAAUCAUUCGAGCUUCACAGGAAACGGGUCACAUACCCACAUCAACAUCCAAGACCAUUUGGCCAUACUGUCCGAGAGUCAUUUUUCUUUCAUCCAGAAUGACCUAAGGACGGGUAUGUGGAGCAUUGACCAUAAUCGGAUGAAUCUUUUUCUUCGAGACAAAGAGAUGAUGCGAAUUGUUCAAGACGAAUAUGUGAAGCAUGGACCCAGUCUCAGGAUCCUCCGAAUGCUCAGUGAAAAAGGCAAAUUGGACGAAAAAAGCCUGCAAGAAAUCGGUCUUCUAGGCGCCAAAGACCUCAGAAAGACCCUAGGCUAUUUGCAAUCUGCGGGCCUUCUAGAACUUCAAGAGGUACCAAGGGAGCCACAGCGCCAGCCCAACCGCACUAUCUUUUUGUGGUUCUAUGAUGCGGAAAGGGUCCAGAAAUUGCUCCUCCACCGACUUUACAAGUCCAUGUCUCGGCUUUACCAACGCCUUCACAUUGAGAGGCAGAAGCUGUCCGCUCUCACGAGCCAUUUAGAACGGGAAGAUGUCGCCCAAGAUAAUUUAGCCAAGAAGCAGCUGGAAGAGUUGGCGGAAUUACGCCAGAAGGAAAGCUGGUUCGCGUCUGAAAUAGGACGCUUGGACCAAUCAGUUGCACUGCUGCGAGACUUGUGA